UUCCAGGACUUGAAUUUACCACCAUGUCCUCUGAAGAAGGGAAGCUCUGCGUGGGAGGGCUCAACUUCAACACUGAUGAGCAGGCUCUGGAAGACCACUUCAGCAGCUUGGGACCUAUUUCUGAGGUGGUUGUCGUCAAGGACCAGGACACUCAGCGAUCCCGGGGUUUUGGCUUCAUCACCUUCACCAAUCCAGAGCAUGCCUCAGAUGCCAUGAGAGCCAUGAAUGGAGAGUCUCUGGACGGUCGUCAGAUCCGUGUAGAACACACGGGCAAGUUGGCCCGGAGAACAAGAGGGGGUGCCUUUGGGGCCUAUGGGCAUGGUCGCAGCUACUCUAGAGGUGGUGGGGACCAGGGCUAUGGAAGUGGCAGGUAUGACAGCCGACCUGGAGGAUAUGGAUAUGAAUAUGGAAGGUCCAGAGACUAUGGUGGCAGAAGCCAGGGUGGUUAUGACCGCUACUCAGGAGGAAAUUACAGGGAUAAUUAUGACAACUGAGAUGAGUCAUGCACACCUAAUGUAGAUACACAAGGAAUAAAACUUCUUCUGAUCCAGGACCAUCCCUCCAAAUAGCUGUAUUUAUAAAGAUUUUUGGAACUGCACUGAAACAUCUGUUUUAAUUACAUCAACUUCUUUUUUUGAGUAGAGCUCCCAAGGUAGCUUGUUAAAGACCUUUCAGAAAGUUCCAUGUGUGUUUUUUAAAUUUUUCUCCCA